AUGUCUCAGCAGUCCCUGGACUGCCAGGCGGAGGGGACCGAGUCUGGCGACAGCCUGGGCAGGAUCAAGUCCCUGUACCCGCCGGCCGUGGCCAACCCGUUCACGCAGCAGACGCGCCUGAGCGCGUGGCGCUGGGCCUCCACCCUCCUGCUGGGCACGGUGCUCGUGCCCGUGCGCGUGUCCUGCAUCGCCGCGCUCGCCGCCUUCUUCUGGCCCGUGGCUGCGCUGUCCACCCUCGGCCGCCCGGCCGCCCCCGAAGAACCCGCCACGGCUUGGAGACGGACCCUGGUGCGCCUGCCCCUCAGGCUCUUGCUUCAGAUCUCUUUCUUGGUAGCGGGGUUCCUGGUUAAAGUGAAAGGGAAGAAGGCGACGCGGGCCGAGGCGCCCAUCUUCGUGGCCGCCCCGCACUCCACUUUCUUCGACGCCGUCGCCUGCGUGGUGGCCGGGUUGCCCUCGGUGGUCUCUGCCAGUCAGAACGCGCGCAUCCCCGUGGCCGGCAAGUUCCUGCUGUCCACGCAGCCGGUGCUGGUGACCCGGGAGGACCCCGAUUCCAGGAAGACCACGCGGGAUGAGAUCCUGAAACGAGUGACCUCCAAAAUGAAGUGGCCCCAGAUCCUGAUUUUCCCAGAAGGGGUGUGUACCAAUCGCACGUGCCUGGUCACUUUUAAACUGGGGGCCUUCUCUCCAGGUGUCCCCGUGCAGCCCGUGCUGCUCAGGUACCCAAACAGCCUGGACACGGUGACCUGGACCUGGCAGGGCUUCACAGGCUUCCAGGCCUGCAUGCUGACCCUGAGCCAGCCCUUCACCAGGGUGGAAGUCGAGUUUCUGCCUGUGUACAUCCCAAACGACCAAGAGAAAAAAGACCCCGUCCUUUUUGCCAACGCGGUGAGGGUCAGCAUGGCAAAUGCCCUGGGGCUGCCGGUGACAGACCACACUUACGAGGACUGCAGGCUGAUGAUCACCGCGGGCAACCUUCACCUGCCCAUGGAGGCGGGUCUGGUGGAGUUUACAAAGAUCAGCCAGAAGCUGAAGUUAGAUUGGGACAGCGUCCACCAUCACUUGGACGAAUACGCUGCCAUCGCCGUGGCCGCCAAAGGAGGGAAGAUAGGCAUCGAAGAAUUUUCAGAUUACUUAAAACUCCCAGUUUCAGAACCCCUGAGGCAACUCUUUGCCCUCUUUGACAGGAACAACGACGGCAGCAUAGACUUCAGAGAGUACGUGGUGGGUCUGACUGUCCUGUGCAGUCCUGCCAACACCGAAAAGAUUCUGCAGAUGUCCUUUAAGCUUUUCGAUCUCGAUGAGGAUGGCUUCAUCACGGAGCAGGAGUUGGCGGCUAUACUUCAGGCGGCUUUCGGGGUGCCAGAUCUCGAUGUUUCCAGGCUCUUUCAGGAAAUAGCUAGACAGAACUCGGAGUACAUUUCAUACAAGAACUUUAAGAAAUUUGCCUUGAAGCAUCCAGAAUACGCCAAAUUAUUUAACUCAUACUUAGACCUCCAGACAGCCUAUGUAUACGCAUUGCCACAAGUACAAGUUUAG